AUGCUGUAUAGUGGAAUUUCAUUAAGAAAAGACAAAUAUGUUGUAUAUCAAAAAGAAAAAUCGGAACGUCUUUAUCGAAAUGCAAUGCCAUUCAUUUAUUCUCAUCGAAAUACAUCCGUACCAUCCUCACAAGCUUCAUCAUCUCCAUCAACAACGACUGGCAAUCCUAUAUCGACGAAACCUUAUAUGACAGUACCACCGUCCACAUGGAUCGUACCGAUGAUUACUGAAACAGUCGAUGAAGAGGGUAAUACUUAUGUAGGACAAAUUGAUUCUACUGGAAAAAAACAUGGUUACGGAGUGUUCACUUUCUUCAAUGGAUUGAUGAAAUAUAGUGGACGAUGGGACAAGAAUUACAUGUCAGGCUAUGGUGAAAUGGUAUGGGCUGACAAACAUCGAUAUAUUGGCUAUUGGAGAGCUGGUCAAAGAUCAGGUUAUGGUAUUAUGAUCUGGCCAAGUGGUAAUCGUUAUCAAGGAAAUUGGGUGAGAGAUAAAAGACAAGGACAAGGAAUUCAAACUCAACCCAAUGGUCAAAAACAGAGUGGUAAAUGGUACAAUGAUAAUUUUAUCGGUGAUGAUGUUCAAACACAGCGAUAUGUUGAUAAUGUAUCAUUCACUGGCAAAAAUGAAAAGAAUAUCUUAAAUGAAACAGAACAGUAA